GCAUGGAAGAGGAUCUCGGUCCUUAGGCCACAGAUAGUAGGAAAAAGAGGGACAGGAGAUAUUUUUCCUACUGAUUUGCGUAGGGGUCCACAUGCUACUAGAUGGUUUGCACACUUUAGUUGGACUAACACUACUAAGCAUGUGCUGAAAGUUUAUAGGGACGCACUUGACUCUAUGACAGAAGAUCAGUUUAUCUGGGAACCAUAUACUGAUGAUUUAAUUGAGAGUCUUCCUGACUAUUGUUGCGCUGGACGAGACAUGUGGCGUGUUAGAGUUCCAAUCUUCUGUUGGGAUGUGGUAGAGGUUCACUUGCCUGAUUGAGUAAUGAGGCAAUUUGGAUUGCAGCAGGUGAUUCCAACUCCAUUUCUAUUUGAUUCCACCUACUUUCGUCAUGAUCGUCGGGGAAGGCCAAAUACAAACUGGGAGUUAGAACAUGCACAAUGGUUACCUUUUUGGAACGAGCGAGAACAAUAUAUCUAUAAUGCACCAGUCAAUCAUGGGCCACUUCGGUAUGACGACCCCUACCUUAUUUGGUUCAGACGUAUUACUCGUCUUCUCAUUGGUAAUCCUAAUCCCCGUCCUCAAUGCCAACAAGGUUAUGUGCCUAAUUCAACUGCAUAUGAAACAAUGGCGCAUCGUAUUCAUUCGAUGGUUGAUAAAACUAAAUCACUUGGAGAUACGCCAUCGUAUGAGGACUUAUACAUGUUUAGAAAUAUGGUGCGGGAUCAAAGUUCUGAUUGUUUGAGAUAUGUACACGAGGCCGACAGGAUUCAUGUAUCAACCGAUUAUAGAAGAGAUGAGGUGCAACCUGAUCAGUUACGUCCCCCUAUUCGUAGGCGAGGAAAAGGCGGUGUUGCUGGAAGAAAAGAACGUGCUAUUGCGAGAGACCAAGUGCCUGUUGAAAUGAAUGAAAUGGAUGAAGCAACGCGAAAUGCACAAAUAAGUUCAGAAGACAAUCAAGCAACAACUAAUCAUGAUUUUAGUUCCACUUCAAUGGGUUGUACUCAGGAAUUCACUCAGGCAUCAGGUAUGAUAUAUCAACAUACAGAGAUUGUGCCAUACAUGACUCCACAGACUCCACAAAUAUCAAGGUAUCCAAGUCUUUCAUCACUUGAUAAUAUAUUUGGUAGUUAUCAGCCUCAACAUUUUGAGAAUGCCCCAAACUUCACCUCAUCGCCUGUGCCAAUGUCUAUUGAAAUCCCCGAUGCCACUAAUAAUUUGGAGAACUUGAACACUGAGAUGGAAGAUAAUGAGUUGGAUGAUACCAACAAUGAAGUGAACGGUAAUGAUCCGGAGGAUGAAAGUAAAGGUUGUGAUACGACUAUUCAGCAUGAUGAACUAUCAAAGAAAGAGAAGUGUACAAUUAUUGCUAAGCUUUGUGGGACUGGGAGUCACUAUGCUUACCAGCACGCCGAAAAGAAAAAAGUCAAACAGAAAAAAAGCAAAACAAAAAAAGGCAAAGAGCAAUGGAGUUAUGUUGGAAUCUUCCUUCUUCCAUUCCCUUGAACGUGGUCCAGUCAU